AUGCUCGCUAUGAAGAAUACUCCUAUCUCUUUGUCCUGGGAUAUUGAUCACUUGGGUAUCCCUUCGGAUGCUCCUUAUCCCAACAUGUCAUCAUCUUUAGGGGCUGACACUACGCGCAAUCCGAAAUCGAACACUACAUCUAAACCGAAACCAAUACCUGCGAAGAACCAAGGAAAUAAAACUGCUUCUUUGGAGCGUCCUGCUACUCAGAAAAAGUGUGAUCGAACACUUCCUUCAUAUCCUGGCCUUGAGCGAUGGCUUCUACUAGAGAGGAUUGGACAAGGAGCUUUCAGCACUGUCUACCGUGCUAAGGAUGGAGAAAAGAAACACGGCGAGGUCGCUGUCAAAGUAUUGAGGAAAUUUGAGAUGGAUAAACAACAGCUUUCAAAUAUGCAAAAAGAAGUUCACAUUAUGCGAUCACUAAAUCACCCGAAUACCACAAGCUUGAUCGAUGCCUUCGAAACAAAACAAUAUUGCUAUAUAAUCAUGGACCUAUGCCCUGGGGGCGAAUUAUUCAAUCAAAUAGUAAAAUUGACCUACCUCAGCGAAGACCUAAGCCGACACGUCAUAAUGCAAGUCGCUGAGGCAGUCAAAUAUCUCCAUCUCACAUUAGGAGUUGUUCACCGAGAUAUAAAACCUGAAAAUAUCCUCUUCUACCCUAUCCCACUAAAUAAAAGCAAAACACCCCAACCAACCUUCCCAGGCGAAGAAGCCAAGCUUGACGAAGGAGACUUCAUCCCCGGAACAGGCGGUGGUGGAAUCGGAACUGUUAAACUAGCAGAUUACGGCCUCUCAAAAAUAAUAAUUGGUGAUUCGGCAGCAACACCCUGCGGGACGGUGGGAUAUGCCGCGCCAGAAACAAUGGGUGAUCAGCAAUAUACAGCUGGAGUCGAUAUGUGGGCACUAGGCUGUACGCUUUACACGCUUUUAGUGGGAUAUCCACCAUUUUAUGAUCCUGAUCUUCGGACUUUGAUUAAGAAUGUAUCCCGUGGAACGUUUGAAUUCGCGUCUCCGUGGUGGGAUACUGUUUCUUCUGAAGCGAUGGAUCUUAUUCGGGGUCUUCUUGCUGUUGAGCCAAAGGAAAGACUUACUAUUGAGCAGUUUUUUGCUCAUCCGUGGAUUACCAAGGGAUGUGGUAAAAGGGAUUUUGAUGUGCAUGUUGAUUCGACAUCUCAAUCCCAGUCCCAAUUGGUACCUACCCUCGAUACGGAGGCGAAGGUUGAGGCGAGAACACCCGAUGCUAUGAAUGUGCGGGAGAUCUUUGAUGUUGCGUUUGCAGUACAUCAAGGCCAGGGUGUUCCUGGUCCUGGGUUGAGACCUACUUCUGUGAAGGGGGUAAGUGAUAUGAUGUUUCAAAUGGAGUGUACUCCUGAAGAAGACAAGAAGGGAUCUUUCUUGGAUGGUUGUGGGGAUUCUCUAAAACAGAGCGGAUUGGAUAUGUCUAAGAGUACACUUCUUGAGAAGAGGAGAGGUGAAAAGUAG